UUAAAUGUCAGAUAAAGUGAUUAUUUUCUUUACAGAUGAUAAUGUUUGAGAGUAUAACACCAGCUAGCUAUGGGUUUAAAGUGAAGUUCAAGUUUAAUCAUUGUAAACAGCUUCCAAAACAUUGCAAUAAGUGGUUUUGUAGAAGAAUAUUGCCUUUGUUUACAUUUAUACUUACAAGUAGCUACAAUUCUGCUGUGUUAUUUGUGCCACCCUCAAAAAUUACUCUUGAGAAAUAAUAUUUACUCCUAUAAAACUUGAUCAAGUAAUGUUUUACAAUGCUAAAUCCAUAGUAAAAAAUAAUAUUGACAUACAUUUUUUAUAGUUGCGUCUGUCACUAUGAUUAUAUGGGAAUAAAAUACUGUCUUGACUUCUGUUGUUUGUUUAACAUACACUGAUCUGCGUGUGAGCAGAGUAUUUUUUACACUUAAUUGUGUAAAAUCUAAACAUUAACAGUGUGAAUAAAUGUGCAUCUCUCAGUAUAUAGUGUCCUACAGUAGAUACAAUGUUUGCAUUCCUGUAAGAUGUAAGAUCCUGUACCAUCUGCAUUCUACAUAAAAACAGCCGAUUCAUCAUCCCUUUAACUUGCAAUUUAAAUGUUUUCACUUCUGCACUUCAUAUUGGGGCGAGGUGCCAUUGUGUAGAUUUUGUAGAAAGGCCUGCUGUAUUAGACUUUGAAAACCCCUGAUCUAGUUAAAUGAUUUCAUAACACUGUUUAUGAAAAUACAAUGAUAGUGCAAUUGGUGGUCCGUAACAAUGGCUAAUGAUUAAACAUGCUUGAGAUCUUUAACACUUAACCAACUUUUUCAGUUUUCUUCGGAUAAAUCCACCCUGAACCAGUGUCAGCUGAGACAAACCUUCUUUUGUGAAAUUUGAGACACUGCUGGUUACAUAACAGACUGAGGCCAUUGGUGAAGAAAGCAUCUUUGAAAUCAUUAGCAUUUCUAAAUAUCAAAGACCUAAAACUAUCAGCUAAGUACUGACAGUGUUGCUGAGGAGCAUGGCUAAGCGUGUUGCUGUGAUUGGAGCAGGCCAUGCUGGGCUUGUCUCCAUCAAAUGUUGCUUGGAUGAAGGUCUGGAGCCGGUGUGUUUCGAAAGCAGUGAUGAUAUCGGUGGACUCUGGAGAUUUAAGGAGACACAUGAGGCAGAACGCACCAGCAUUUAUCGUUCUCUAGUAGUGAACACCUCUAAAGAGAUGAUGUGCUUCAGUGAUUUCCCGAUGCCGGAUCAUUUCCCAAACUACCUGCACAACUCCCUGCUCCUGCAGUACUUAAGACUAUACGCUGAACACUUCGGCUUGCUCAAACAUAUUCAAUUAAAGACUACAGUAAGCAGUGUGAGACAGAGGCUGGAUUUCUCUACCUCCGGUCAGUGGGAUGUGGUGACCGUGGACAGAGAUGGACGAGAUGAGAAACACGUGUUUGAUGGUGUUCUAGUGUGUACAGGACAAUACACACAACCUAACAGACCCCUCUCUGCCUUUAAAGGCUCUACCAUUGCUUGUAAGCUGGAUUGGGUAAAAUGGAUAAUCUUAAAGGAACCAGGAGUUAGGGCAGAUGUGGAGGCACAACCCGUGAUACCAGAUACACACCAAACACAUUAUCGGACAUUCAAUCAUUACAUGAUCCAUGUGGAUGAGGAAAGAGUUUGUUUAGAGGUUUCUGGACAGAAUUAAUCCCAAAGAUGGGAAAAAACGCACAUCCAGAUUAGGAGCAAUAAAAAGACAAGGAAUUUGAUGCAGAGAAAAGCUGUGGCCAUUAACCCCCAUGUGAACAGCUUCAUGCAGUCCCUGAUAGAGUUUGAAUGGACGACUUCAAACUAAAGGCCAGUGGUCUGUCUGCCACAGUUUAAUGCAUUUAUUUUCAGUGGUCAAUGAAAUUCAAAUAGAAUAUUUAAAACUAUGGGCAAGUGUUCUUUUUACCACAGGGAAAUGUUACCUUUUAGUCGAUGAUGGACUUUAAACUGAAAACUUCAAACUAUAUGGACCAGUGUUCUAAUUGCCAAAGUAAAAUUUGUUACAGGAGGGGCCUCCAAACUUGUUUAUACUUGUUGAUUUUAUUUUAUUUAACUUGUUUUUAUGUUUAUUAUUGUUUAAAAUCUUGUUUUAACAUGUUUUGUUUCAAUUAAAUGUUUUUUAAAU